AUGGGAAACAGAUCAAAGAAACUUCUCAAAAAUAGACCACAGAUACACAUUGGCAAAUCAAAGGCAGAGUACUCAAUCUUGAUUUGCAAGAAACACCCUAAACACCGGCAAUCCUCAUCAGGAGUUUGCUCUGUUUGCUUAACAGAAAAACUCACUCAACUUUCAAGAACUUCACCUAGUAGUAAUACAACAACUGUUACUUGUUGUUGUUUUUCGUCGUCGUCUUUGUCUUCUUUGUCAUCAUCUUCUUAUUCUUCUUCUUCUCCGAUUCAUCUUACAAUGAACAGUACCAUGGUUUCUUUCUUGAAGUGUGGUAAUAAAAGUAGUUGUGCGCUUACAAAAAGUAGAUCCUUGGCUGUUAUUAUGGAGGAGAAUGUGAAGAAUAUAGGAGGAUUUUUGUAUAGAUUGUUGCAUCCAAGAAGAAACAAGAAAGAUAAUAUUGGGGUUUGGUGCAUUCAAGAACUACUAUGA